ACACGAUUAGCUUUCAUAUGUUGCACUCAUGUUUCUAAGCUAAAGUAAAUUCAGUAAUAUAACUAUUUAAAAAAAUAUAUAUUAAAUGGAUUUCUUGCACUAUCAGUGUAAUGAAGAGAGAUGGGAGCAGCAAGUAUUUACAUUGACAGCAUUGCAGAAUAAUGUAGAAGUAGUGCCCGUAGCCAAGCAGAGGUGUCAAGCUAACGCACGUGAAAGAGAUAGGACUCAAAACAGCGUGAACAUGGCGUUCAACACGUUACGGCUUCUGAUCCCGACCGAGCCGCCCGACAGGAAACUCAGUAAGAUUGAGAUAUUGCGGCUGGCUGGCAGCUAUAUUACGCAUCUCGACAACCAACUUUAUACAGGUGAAAUGGACCAACCGUGCCUUCAGAAAAACGAUGUUCAUAACAAGAAUAGAUCACUUUGUACAUUCUGCUGGUCGUCCGUGAAGAAAGACAAACCUACAACAAUAGCUAAUUAUUACAAAUCACCAUACUGAUGAGAACUUCUUAAUCAGAAUCACUAACCGGCACUAGUCUGUGUAUUAAUAUCUAAUAAAAUAAAAUGUAAGGGUUCAUUGUAACAAAAAAUUAUAACAUAGCAAUGGUAUUGUGUUAUGUAAAAAUGUAAGCAAUGAUUAAAUAAUAUAU